AUGACAGCGGCGUCGUCACAAGUAUCAUCAAAAGAUGUAAAAUGGAUUGUCCAAAAGUAUGGAGGAACCAGCAUCGGUAAGUUUCUUCCUACUAUCGUGGACUCCAUUACCCCAUCGUAUCUCAAGACAAACCGUGUGGUUAUAGUGUGUUCGGCGCGGUCAGGCAAGACUAAAGCACUUGGCACUACUAACCUAUUGCUUCAGGCAUGUAAUGAGGCAAUGCGAUCAAUUCAAGGAAACAAUACCCUGGACUCCUCACGUUCUUCCUUAUCGUCGUCUUUCCAGGCAGACAGCAUGGGGCCUUUGUCGUCUCUCCAAAUGGGUCUGUCGCGCCCCGAAUUCGUGCCAGAGUUCCAAGCAACAGUAGAAAGAAUCAAAGAAGAUCAUUUUGAAGCCGCGAGAGAAUCAGUACGGAAUACACGACUGCGACAGCAACUGGAACAAGAUAUUGCAGAUGAUUGUAUGUGUCUCAAUCAGUUUUUACAGGCUGCUAUGAUUUUACAUGAGGUAUCUCCGCGAUCUCGCGAUGUUAUUAUGGGAAUGGGUGAGCGUCUAGCGUGCCGCCUAGUUGUGGCAACGCUCUUAGAUCGCGGCAUUCAGGCGGAGCUCGUGACGCUCGAGUCGAUUGUCGAUGAACUAGAUGAGGAAAUCAUGCGACCUCCAUCCUUGGCGUAUGAAGCAUCAAACUUCCUCGAACAGGCCUUUUAUGACCGACUCUCGACAGUGCUUGCUGAACGUAUCCUUAAAUGCGAGGGUGUGCCUGUUGUUACGGGCUACUUUGGCAAUGUGCCUGGCUCGCUUUUAAGUCAGGUCGGUCGUGGAUAUACGGAUCUGUGCGCUGCACUGUGUGCUGUGGGUCUAAAAGCCAAUGAGCUCCAAAUCUGGAAGGAAGUAGAUGGCGUGUUCACCGCUGACCCGCGCAAAGUGCCAACCGCUCGUCUUGUGCCAGCCAUCACACCGGAAGAAGCAGCUGAGUUGACGUACUAUGGUAGCGAGGUCAUUCAUCCGUUUACAAUGGAGCAAGCCAUUAAAAAGUCUGUACCUAUUCGCAUCAAGAAUGUCGACAAUCCCACGGGUUGUGGUACCGUGAUUUUCCCCGAUCACAUUACGCCCUCGGUGGACGAUGAUAUCAAGCACGAUCCUUUCAUGGAUGGACAUGUGGAACAGCCAGAGCCACCACUUAGCGGUAUUUCCACACCUGUUCACCGUUCGCAAAAAGUGGUUCGCAAGAUGCCAACCGCGGUCACAAUCAAGGACAACAUUCUUGUGCUCAACGUGCACAGCAACCGCAAGACGAUUAGUCACGGCUUUUUUGCCGGUAUUUUUGGCACACUUAACCGCUAUGGCGUGGUGGUAGAUCUGAUCUCAACGUCAGAGGUGCACGUGUCGAUGGCCAUGACAGCCGAACUUCGGCCUCGUACGCUUGAGCGGCUGAGCGCCGAGCUAGAACACAUCGGCACUGUGAGCAUUUUGCGCAAUAUGGUGAUCUUGAGUCUUGUUGGCAAGGAAAUGCGGCAAAUGGUGGGUGUGGCCGGCAGCAUGUUUAGCACUCUGGCCGAGGGUAACGUGAACAUCGAGAUGAUCAGUCAAGGUGCCAAUGAAAUUAAUAUUUCCUGUGUGAUUCAUGAAAAAUCGGCACUGAAGGCACUCAAUUUGAUUCACUACUCGAUUCUAGAAGGAUCGCCAAAGCCGUGUAACAUGGAAGGUGGCACCUUUGGGCGUUCAUUUUUCUAG